CGAUUUAUUGUUCAGGCUUUUUCAGUAGAAUAAAAUACGCAAACUUUGUUGGGCUGUUUGAUUACAUAGAACCUGCAACAAAAAAUUAUAAAAAUGAAAAACUUCAUUUUUUCCAUCGGUUUACUGAGUAUAUACUUUGCUACAACAGCGAAUUCACUGCUAACAGAAACAAGUCCUUUCCGAAGAACUUUAUCAGAAAAUAGAGAAUGGUGUUUACAUCUGUUAAGUAAUCAAACGAAUGGAGUGAAUAUAACUGAAAACAGCCCAAAUUUUCGGUGCUACCAAACAUGUUUGGUAAAACGUAAAGGAUACUUGCAAGAUGGAAAAAUUCUACUUGAUAAGUAUGAAAAAAUGGUAGACAUUAUGAUACAAAGAAACAAACAACUCUUAAUGAAUGCUACUAAAGCUUGCAUUGAAGAAGCUGAGAAAGGUGAGACUGAAUGCGAUGUAGGAGCUCUGUUUUUAGCAUGCCACCGCAGGGAAAUCAUCAAGCAUUACGGUCGUAAUUAUACUCGUAGUUUUGAUGGAAAUCACCAUCAACACCUAACACAGCCAAUGUCAACAGAUUAAUAUUUAUAACGAUAAAAGUAUGAGGUCCAAUAAUUUCCUUUAAUUGUCUUUUACAAAAUUUCUAACAUCUACGUCUUUUUAUUUUUUAAAUUGUACCUUUAUUUUUGUUGUUAUUGUUUAAAUAUUUAUCAUAAUUGUCAUUUUUAAGGUUUUUAUCAAUAUAUAAUUAGUUUCAAAAUAUUCCUUUAAAUUAUUAUUUACUGGUGGUGGAAUGUCACUGAUUUUGUGACAACAUAAAAAAAUUGGGAAUAUUUUUUCUUGUUCUUUUUUUUCUGUAAACUGUACUUAGAUCUUAAAAUAAAAAAUUUGCAAUUAAUA